CCCCGGUGAACUCGUGCCGAUGCCAUUGAAACGCAUAUCAUGGCUGCCGUGCAUCAAAUCUUCCAACGGAGUUUUUACUGACCGUCUUCCCGCCGCGUCUUGCAGAACUUAAUGCCCAGUCGAUCCUUAACAUGCAAUGUUUUAGUAUUGUGGUCUACUUCCACGGUAGAGCGUACCGUCAAGAUGAAACUAGCAAUAUCAUCAUUGAUGCUAUGUCAGGCGGUUCGUUCCUGUCUUGGUGUCUUGCGCUCAAAGUGCAUCCGAUCGCGGUCCUAACAAACAAUCCCCUACACCAAUGGUAUAAAACCAGGCCCUCUGUGUCGACGGUUCUCCAUCGCAGCAUCUUCGUCCUUGUCAUCUCCGCUCUUGCUACCUUCACCGUUGCCGCACCCGUCGUCGUCGCCCCAGGUUGUGCUGGCCAAAAGCUGGAAAACGGCAACGGCAACUGUACACCAUGUCUUGGUAUUGCCACCUGUGCAUACGACGUCGCAAACAUGCAGUGUGUCAACAAACCCGGGGGUGCUCUCCCAGCUACUCUCACCACCGAUAAGACUCGGUGCCCGACGCUCUCGCAAAUUGCUCAAGAGAACCCCAGUGUUGCUGAUCGUCAGAAGGCCGCUGCCGAGUUUGCCAGGAUGAAGAACCACAUCUUCGUCGGGGAGAGUGACCCCUCAUCUGGACGGCACACGUUUACUGCCUUCCGGGCGGCGAACAAGGAUGCUGGCCGUUGCGACAAGGAGACCAAUCUUUGCGCUUUCAAGUUGACGGCUCAGACUCCCAAGACCGUCUGGGAUGACCGUGCAGGGAAGUACACCAAACAAGACGUGGAAGACAUCUGUACGACAGCGAUCACUCUCAACCUCCUGCACAACAACAAGGCUGCCAGUCCUGGAUCGUUCGCCGUCCAGACCAAGUUUGGCAAGUCGAUUUGCGUUCAACACUUUGUCACUAAGAGCAACACGCCUUCGUGCUUCCCCCUUGGUAUUCACCACGCCACUCAGUUCCCCGUUGGCAAGCCUUGCACCUUUACCGGCAAUGAUGCUAACACUCUCACCGUUGAGGUCCCUCAAGGUACCAGCUAAAUGAUUGGAGUUUGCGUAGAUUAUGAUUUCGUAUAUUGUCGUAGUAUGUAAUUGGUACGCUAUCAGGAGGAUAAUGGGUAUUAUGUUUGGAACCACGAAAUAUUUGAGAAAGUGAAUUCGGCGUGACCCAUGUAUCAGGCUGUGGCAAUCACAGUGGACCCGCGACCGCAUACACUCCAUUGCAUCGCAAUUGUCGCGCAGUGUCAUCUGAAGCGAACCAUAGCACGGGCCCAGAAAUAAUAAUCUUAUAACAUC